CUGACUUACAAACAACAACAAGGCAGCCCGCUGUUUAGAAAAAAUAUUAAAAUAAAUGUUUUACGUUUGAUCCCUUCCCAGUUUUUUUCAAAGACUUAAAGAUGGGAUUCGUUUUGUCGAAAUUUCGGAAGGAAAAAUCGACGGAGGAGGUUCUGGAGGGACUGCAGGUACAGAUCAAAGACCUGGAAAAGUACAUGAUUAAUACGCAAGAGAGGAAGCGGAGCUUCGUCACAAACUUCCUUGGCAUCACAAUUGGCGCAUACAUCGUCGGCUUUGGACUAUGGUGUUGCUUUUAUUUUCCACCGACCUGGAAAGAGCGCAUCGUGUACUUGGUGCCGCUGCUCCUGUUCCCCAUUAUCAUCGUCUUGAUGCGGCAGAUGUUUACGUGGUACUUUCAGCGCAAGCUCAACAAAAAUGGCGAUAAGCUGGCCCAGCUGAAGGAGAAGAAGAAAAAGAUAUUGGAGCAGGUCAUGGACAAAGAGACCUACAAGGUGGCAGUGAAUCUCCUGGAACGCUUCGGCGACAAGAAACUAAACCAGUCGUUUAGUCGUUCCACCGUAAUGCAGCCUCAACGCACGCCACAGCCUGCAGCAAGAUUGCCAGGAGCCAGUACGCAGCAGAGAUCGUUGACUCCGUAUAGCAGUGUCUACCGCAACCGCAACGUUAAUAACAACAAUCUAAACAGCUCGACACAGUCGAUGACGUCAGCAUCUCCGAAUGUGGGCACAGUGCAGGAAAUGCGUCGGCGUACGCCUUUUCCCGUGGUCGAUCAGAGCCGGUCACGCAGCGCAGUGGACCGUAUUGUAGACUUCAUUGUAGGAGACACUCCGAUUCGGUACGGCAUGAUCUGCAAAGAGUGCGAUGGCCAUAACGGUAUGCUGCCGGAGGAUGAAUAUGUUUACACUUCAUUUCGUUGUGCCUUUUGCAAUGCAUUGAAUCCAGCGCGCAAAAAGCGACCAGUGGCUCCUCGUCUCUCCCUAAAUCAGCAAGCUCCAACGUCAAACAAUCGCAUCGGUAGCUCCGACAGCGAUUCAUCAGAUGAUUACGACUCUGAUAAAGAGCAAUUGACGCGCCGGGCUCUGCUACAAGAUGUGCCUACAAAUGACACUGAUAAGGACGAGGCUGAGGCCACUUCCAAUGCCCAAAGUGCACCAACGGUGACGGAAAUAGGAGCAACGGAGACUGAAACUACCGAGGCUGUAGCUGAAAAAGCUGCUGGGGUGGCCGAUAUCAAAGCGGAUGCUGAAGUUGAAGCUGCAUCCAGCUCCUAAACGAUCGCCAUCAUCUGUUGUAGGCGCGAGUUAAGCAAUGUUUAAACAUGGUUUGCUUGUUAGUUUACUUAUUUAACACCUUGUUGGUAAGAAAAUUUGAAAAAUUUACUUCUGUUAGGUUGAAUUUAAUAGAAUUGUUAAAGUGCAGAUAUUGAACUGAAUACAAUUUGCAAGUUGCAUCUAAAACU